AUGCAUUACACCACCAUUGCCCUCGCCCUCUUCGCCGCUACCGGCCUCGCCCGCACCCAUCGUCUGAAGCAGAUGCCUUGGGCCAAUGCGGUCUCAUCCUUUGAGGACAGCGAGCAUGAGAUGUACAAGAUCUGCGAUAGAAGCUGUGGGCCUAAAGAACGAGAGUGCCAGGAAGGCUGGGAUUGCUAUGCUUGCUGCAAGGAAUUCGGUGAGACCAAGGAGCGUAAUGUUAUCUUCAAGUGGUACAAGGCCUAG